AGAAGCAUGGUUUCUUAAAGAUAUUAAAUUUCUUAUAAAUAAUUAAGGAUUUGAAACAUAAACAAAGGAUAAAAGUACAUAUUGUAAUACAUUCCUUAGGGUACAUUUCAAAAAUCUCACACAAUAAUGAAAAUUUCAGAGUUACCUGGUGAUGAAGAUUCUGGUGUAACCUGCCGUACCUACGUUUUUCAAAAUGAAAGUCAUACUCUAGGAAACUCUUUGAAAUGUAUCAUAAGCAGAUAUGAAGAUGUAGAAUUUUGUGGCUACACAGUACCUCACCCAGCAGAAUCCAAAAUGCACUUUAGAAUACAAUCCAGAGAAACACCAGCACUUGAUGUUCUUAAACGGGGUUUAAAAGAUUUACAAAAAGUCUGUGAUCACACAAUAGAUUUAUUUGAGAAGGAAGUAAAAGAAUUUAACUAAUCAUAAA